AAUCAUUCCAUUUUUAUCCUCUGGCCAACGCCGCAAGCUAUGAAGAGAAUCCCCUUCCCAUGAGUGGUAUUCCAUCACCAAGUGCCCUAGACAGGGGGAAUCGUUUUUGCAUUUUUGGUUGCAUUUACUCCUCGUCCUCCUCAUCCUCACCCCCCUCACCGCCAGCAGCGGCGGCGGCCUUCUUUCUGCGGACACGGCCGGGACGGCCACCACCGAAGGGCGAGGUAAGAGCGAAGUCGAUGUGCUUCUGGGAGUCGAGACGGACGAUGAAAGAGGGAACGUUGACGAUCUGCUUUCCGACUCGGAUGUGACGCUGGCGGAUCAGAACACGGGCGUGGUGGAUAGACUUGGCAAGACCGAGCUUCCAGACACAGGUCUGGAGACGGCGCUCAAGGAAAUCCUCGAUCUUAAGAGCCAGGACGUAAUCGAGCUUCAUGCGGGACUCGUCAAGGACACCGACACGGACGAGACGUCGAAUGAGGGCAUUGCCUUCGAAGAGACGCUUGGGGUCCUUCUCGUCGAGGGUAAGAAGCUGACUGUAAAAUUGGUUAGAAGACUCUUCCUCAUCAGCGCACACAAAAAGUGCAAAGGUUUACAUACCGAGCAGCACGACGGAUCUUGGACAGAGUCAGACCGACUCGCCAGACCUCACGCUUGUUGCGCAGGCCAUACUCGCCGACGAGCUUCAACUCGGAGUCACUAUUGUUUUUCGACUCGAAGGGUCGGCGGGGGACACGGGAGGUCUUGGAGUGGGCGCGGGGAGGCAUCCUGAAGACUUUGUUAAUUGAUAUUCUUUGGUGAUGCACUCGUGGCGGCGGUGAUAUACUCACUUGACUUGCUCCUUGGGUGUUCUGCGGGAGUUGAACUUUCUCACAAGACACGAAUCGUAGCAAAAUGUGCGGACAGAAAUUUGGCGGAGCUAGCGGUCACGUGCGCCAGCUGAACCCUAAGACGCAGGUGCGACCCAACCCACAAUCGCCCUUGCCCUACUGAGGUGGGAAAAAACUUUCGGAAAAUCUGAGGUCCCGCUCCCACAAGGCCGCCUUCGAGAAAUCCACAACACCAAAGCGAAGGACUUCACCAUCUCUUUCGCCAACCACGACUACUAACCCCAACCCGACCGGUACCGGCAUAUCACAUUCGAGAUGGGUCACUCCUACGGAAAGAGAGCGGGCACCCGCUAUGCCUUCAGCCGGGACUUCCGCAAGAAGGGUAUGAUUGCCCUGAACACCUAUCUCCGACAGUACCGCGUUGGUGAUAUCGUCGACAUCAAGGCGAACGGUGCCGUCCAGAAGGGUAUGCCCUUCAAGGUGUACCACGGCAAGACUGGUGUCAUCUACAACGUCACCAAGUCUGCUGUCGGUGUCAUCAUCUACAAGCAGGUGAAGCACCGAUACAUCGAGAAGCGAAUCAACGUCCGAAUCGAGCACAUCCAGCAGUCCCGAUCUCGUGAGGACUUUCUCAAGCGAGUCAAGGCCAACGCCGAGGCCAAGAAGGAGGCCAAGGCCAACGGUACCGUCGUCCAGGUCAAGCGUCAGCCCGCUGGACCCCGUGAGGCUCACACACUGUCGCUCGCCGACAACCCUCCUCAGACCGUCACUCCUCUUCCCUACGAGACUACGAUCUAAAAGAAAAGAAUUGCGGGGUUGGUGGUGCUGGCUUCUAUUUACCUGGGGUAUUGCGUCCGGAUGGGAAACUCUGCAUGGCAAGGGCUUGCAUUUUGAUGUCCAUAGGCAAUGAGACCAAAAAAAGACAUCGUUUGAAGCAUGCCGCUGUCUGUAUCUGAAGAUACCUUAAGUGAAAUGUGCCUGGCCCAUAUAAUGGGCAUGGCGUCUGCUUGACGUAUGAAUGAACUGACGUUUCUCCAUCAUUCAUUCCGUGUGAUUGACCGA